AUGCGAGCAUGGUUAGAGAAUCGUCUUAUUUUGAACAUGCUUUCGAAGAAGCAUCUCAAUCAGCACGGCCUUGCCCUGAUAUGCUUAAUGGUGUCGUUUCAGUUGCAUAACGGGGCUGUGGAAAAACAGGGUCGUAUUAUCCACCUUACCUCACCCGCCUUCAGUGGGAUGAAAUCUUUCAAUGGGAUGUGUCAGUUGUUAAUCUUUCUCAAGGUUGCAACCGCCAUUUCGGAGUUGACGUCAUUACGAGCUGCCCGUUAGCAUGUGUAUGCAGAUUUUCGCAGUGCAGUUGGGACAACAAGGAUGAAGCAUGCUUCACGGAUAUCCAAAAAGGCGGGUUUAUUAGAAGGUCGACCAUAUCAAGUGGAAAUAGCCAACAUAGCGCGCAGUGAAAGCAUCAUCGUGAAACUGGGUACUGGUCUUGGGAAAUCAUUUAUCGCUGCUAUGGUCAUUAAAGACCACCUCCCCGAAACGUAUCGGCCGGUCGCAGAAGGUGGAAAACGCAUUGUACUCGUCGCGAAAACUGUUCAUCUUGUGUAUCAAUUGGCCGAGUUUUUGCGGUCCCAACUCCCUGUCGCCCCCGAGGAAAUCGGGAUAUACCACGGCCAGGUGGCGCCCAGUAUCUGGAUCGACAGCUGGACAAAAGUGUUGGGUUUGUCGGCCUCCCUGGUGAACAACGUGAAGCGUGGCGAGAACAUAGAAACGAAAGUGAGGCUUUUGGAGCAGUUGAUGCGGGCUCGGGUGGUCACUUCCACGGACAGUUCGAUUGACGCCGUAAUGGGUCAUCGGCACUUGGAAAUUAGGCAGGGAUGUUGCAACACCAGGCUUGAGCCAAACGAUCCAUACUACGAGGUUUCGCAAGUCCUUCUUCGUGGCGUAGAGAAACUUAGACAGCUCUCUUGUGGUGCGGGGAGGGAGGAUUACAUAGAUCUGGAAGCUCUGCUUGACGAAAACAAGAGGAUUAAGAAGGAGGCCUUCCUCACCGUCAUGGAAUUGCACGAGUUCAGUCCGUCAAAGGUGAAGCGCCUCUUCAUUCAGUGUCUCCGUACGAUGGAGGAAUUCGGAGUCUACUGCGCUGCUCAUGCAUGCGAGCAGUUUGAGAGGGCGCUCAAGGGACUUCUGCUUUUGAGUUCAUCCCAAGUCAUAACUAGUCCUCAGUGUGUUAGUAUUAUUCAGACCAGCUUGACCUCAUUGGCGGAAGCACUUGAGACCUAUCGACAAAUCCGUCAGUCGCUCACCGCCAGCCUCACUCAGCCACCGGCGUCCAAUGCCACGGAUCCCGCCUGGGGUGAGUGGAUCAUGGCACACUUUCCGUUGAGCUCAAAGAUGGUCUCGUUGCUGCGUUUGCUACUGCAUUACCGCCGGGUGGUGGAGGGGAACAAUGAGAAUCUGGCUGCGCUGCUGUUGGUAAAGGAGAGGAUCGCGGCGGUGUCGGUGGCGCAUUUAAUCACGGAGAUGUCGGCAGUGACGCCUCUGUAUGGUGGACUGAAGGCGUCGUAUUGUGUCAGUUCGAAUAAGACCAACCCUGUUGUGAGUUGA